AAAAUUGACCGCAGUGAUUUUACAUCCGUCACACCUCCUACAGAGGGACACCGGUAAUACGGAGGAGUUUGACGUGGCACUCCGCUUCCACUGAGGUCGACAGCCGCAAGAGGACUCCGCCGACGGUUCAGAUUGUCAAAAGUCAUCCGUCUUGGCAUGAGACAUCAGUGACGGCCCAUCCUACGAAAAUGAGCCAACAGGGUUAUGUAGCUGCGCCCCCGUACUCCCAGGCCCCGCCGGGAAUGGGGGGCUACCAGGUUGGAUACGCAGCCGGUCCGGCUCAGCCUCUUUAUGGACACCAUGGAGGAGCCCCCCACCCAUUCAGUGCUCCAGCAGCAGGAGGGGUGAUGAAACCCCCAGGUUCCACAGCGGCUGGAAUGGUUCCGCCUCCAGUGUCCAGAGGGGUGAUGAAACCCCCAGGUUCCACAGCGGCUGGAAUGGUUCCGCCUCCAGUGUCCAGUCAGUACAACCCAAAUUAUCAGCAGAAUGGGUCUCAUCAACAAAGGUACGCUGCCCCACCAGCUGUUUCUCAUGGUCAGCCUCCACAUGCACUGCCUUCCAGCAUGGCCUCACCGGGCCCUCCCCCAACACAACAACUCACCAAUCAGAUGAGUGCUAUGAAUUUGGGCAGCUAUGGCCAAAACCACAUGCAGCAUCCACCAGCAAGCCCUGUGGUCCAACAGUCUUUCCAGUCUCCACCUCCUCCUGCAGUCGGUCAGCCUCAGAUGCCUUUAGGCCCACAGGUGCAUCACGCGCCUCCCCAAAUGUCCCCACCCCAGUCAUCCACAACAAACAUGUCAAUAGCUAGUCAUUCGAUGCCAGGCCCACCAAUGGGUGGCCCGCCCAUGGGAGGCCAGUCUAUGGGAAGUCCAGUAGGUGGCGGACCACCGAUGGUUGGCCAACCAAUGGGAGCCCAACCAAUGGCUGGCAUGAGCGGCCCAUUUCCUGGGCCGCCACCACCAGCAGGCCCUGGAGGUUUCCAGCACCUUGGUCCUGGACAAGCUGGUCCACCUGGAUAUCCACAGCAAGCAGGUCAGUUUGGGGGAAUGAUGCCCGGGCCCCAGGCAAGCAUGCAGGGGGGCUUUCCCGGGGCAAUGGCAGGCCCACCCCAGAAGAAACUGGACCCUGAUGCAAUCCCAAGCACAACCCAAGUGAUUGAAGAUGACAAAGCCAAGAAUGGGGGGCAGGUUUACUGCACGAACAUCAGAGGUCAACUUCCCCCUCUCGUCACCACGGACUUCACAGUUCAGGAUCAAGGAAAUGCCAGUCCCAGGUUCAUACGCUGCACCACCUACACCCUGCCCUGCACCGCCGAACUGGCCAAACAGUGCCAAGUUCCCCUGGCUGCCGUUGUUAAGCCCUUGGCCAAUCUGCCAAAAAACGAGGCUCCUCUGUACGCGGUGAAUCACGGGGAGACCGGUCCUAUCCGGUGCAAUCGAUGCAAGGCCUACAUGUGUCCUUACAUGCAGUUCAUCGACGGUGGUCGCCGCUACCAGUGCACUUUUUGCAACUGUGUCAAUGAGGUGCCGGUCUUCUACUUCCAGCAUCUGGACCACAUGGGCCGGAGGGUGGACUUCUACGAGAGGCCUGAACUGUCUCUAGGGUCCUAUGAGUUUGUAGCCACUUUGGAUUACUGCAAGAACAACAAGCCUCCAAAUCCUCCUGCCUUCAUCUUCAUGAUUGAUGUGUCCUAUAACAACAUUAAAAGCGGCCUCGUCAAGCUGAUCUGCGAUGAGCUGAAAACUCUGCUGGAGAAGCUGCCCAGGGAGGAGGGCGCAGACGGCUCCGCCGUGAAAGUGGGUUUCGUCACCUACGACAAGGUCCUCCACUUCUACAACGUGAAGAGCGCCUUGGCCCAGCCGCAGAUGAUGGUGGUGUCGGACACCACGGAGAUGUUCGUGCCCCUGCUCGACGGCUUCCUCGUGAGCUACCAGGACUCCAAGGCGGUUAUCUGCAACCUCCUGGACCAGAUCCCCACCAUGUUUGCAGACACCGCAGAGAGCGAGACGGUUUUUGCCCCCGUCAUCCAGGCCGGCGUGGAGGCAUUUAAGGCAGCAGAAUGCAGCGGGAAGCUCUUCAUCUUCCAGUCGUUCAUGCCGACGGCUGAAGCUCCUGGCAAGCUGAAAAACAGAGAUGACAAAAAGCUGGUCAAUACGGACAAAGAGAAAACCCUGUUCCAGCCUCAGAAGGGUGUUUAUGAGCAGCUGUGCAAAGACUGUGUGGUGCAGGGAUGCUGCGUUGACCUCUUCCUGUUCCCCAACCAGUACCUGGACUUGGCCACCAUGGCUGAUGUGCCCUCACACACAGGUGGUUCUGUCUACAAGUACAACAACUUCCAGAUGGAAACGGACGGGGAGCAUUUCCUUGCAGACCUGAGGAAGAGUGUCCAGAAGCACAUCGGAUUCGACGCCAUCAUGCGUGUUCGUACGAGCACAGGCUUCAGAGCCACAGAUUUCUUCGGCGCCAUUCACAUGAACAACACCACGGACGUGGAGAUGGCCGCCGUGGAUUGCGACAAAGCCGUGACGGUGGAGUUCAAGCACGACGACGCUCUCAGCGAGGAGAGCGGUGCUCUCAUCCAGUGUGCUUUGCUGUACACCAACAUCAGCGGGCAGCGGCGCCUCCGCGUCCACAACCUCAGCCUGAACUGCAGCUCCCAGCUGUCAGAGCUGUAUAAGAGCUGCGAGACGGACUCGCUCAUCAACUUCUUUGCCAAAUCCGCUUACCGUGCCAUCCUGAACCAGCCUUUAAAGAACGUGAGGGAGAUCCUGGUCAACCAAACCGCCCACAUGCUGGCUUGCUACAGGAAGAACUGUGCAAGCCCGUCAGCGGCCAGCCAGUUGAUCCUGCCUGAUGCCAUGAAGGUGUUCCCGGUCUACAUGAACAGCCUGAUGAAAACGGCUCCUCUGGUGGGCAGCACCGAGCUCUCCACAGAUGACAGGGCCCACCAGAGGCUGGCGGUCAUGGCCAUGGGGGUGGAGGACACACAGCUGCUGCUGUACCCACGGCUCAUUCCUCUGCACAACAUGGACGUCGACAGCGAGGUGGCUCCGGCCCCGGUGCGCUGCUCCGAGGAGCGGCUGACCGAUUCCGGCUUGUUCCUGCUGGAGAACGGACAUUCCAUGUUCCUGUGGAUCGGCCAGGCGGCCUCUCCAGACCUCAUCCAGGGCAUCUUCAACCUUCCCUCGCUCGCCCACUUCCAAGGACUCACGUCUACACUUCCUGACUUGGACAACCCGCUGUCAAAGAAAGUCCGAGCCAUUAUCAGGGACCUUCAAAACAAAAGGCCAAACUCCAUGAAGCUGCAGAUCGUCAGGCAGAAAGACAAACCGGAGAUGCUGUUCCGACAGCUCUUGGUGGAGGACAAAGGCUUACACGGAGGCGCUUCCUAUGUGGACUUCCUUUGUUACGUCCACAGAGAGAUCAGGCAGCUCCUCACUUAAACCGCUUUGCCCCCCCCCCCACCCCCCGGGGAACCCCAUCACCUUGAACAGACCCGCACCCGAAGGUCCAGUUUGAAGGUCCAAACCUUCCAGACCUUCCCCUGGAAAAACCAAUCCAGAGUCUCGCAGCUGCGUUUGUUCCUUCAAACAUCACCCGUCACUCAGAAAGGUUUCUCUGACGAACACAUCCAGACUUUCCCGCUCAGAGUCCGUGUGAUGGAUAGACUGGAGCGACUUCAGUGCCUGAGGCUGGAAUGGAUUUUGGCACUCUGCCUUCUGGCAUAAAGCAAUACAGCCUCUACCGCGUUUUCAAUUAGUUUCAACCCUUUGUUUGCCCCCACACUCUAUAAACCUGAACAGUCUGGGGUAAGGCUGGUAAACAAUGUAUUUGUGUCAUUUUAAAGUUUGAGUAAAGCAAAGUUUUGGAGGAAAAAGCUCAAUAAUUUGCAGAAAUUAGAUGAAGAAAAUGUAGUUUUAUUUUGAAAGGGAAGUUGAAAUAUUGCCCUGCAGACAGGAAAUAAAAAAUUUUUUUGGAGUCUGCAUAGAAGCACAGUUAGAGCAGGAACUAGUGUAAUACAAAAUCAACUUUUGACGUCAGAAUGGAAAGUUCUUCAUUUUUCUAAUUUCUAUUCUAAAAAAAAGUGGGGCUGAACUUCCUGUUUCGACCAACAAACUUUAAAAGUUUUGCUCACAGAAUACUUUCAGUAUUGAAACGUUUCUCCAACUUUGCUGUCUGACUGAAAGUGAAUCGCAGUGAACAUUAUCUCGACUAGAAAAAGGAGGAAAAAAAGAAAAAAAAGAUGAAAUCUGUCCGUCCCUUUCACAAGUGCAAGAUCCAACGUGUUCGAGAAUUUCUUUGACCAUUUUAGGCUGAGGGUUCAUCCUCGACGCGCUCCAAGGAGUAAACAAAGCGAGCACUGCUGGCACUUUACAACAGAAGGCAAAGCUGUGGAGAAAGGCCAUCAAAGGGAAACUUUUGUCCGUUUGAACCACAUUUCUAUGGAUAUCAAAAAGUAAUUACAUCAUAACAUGGCAUUAUCUUUUUGAGUUAAGAGGCGUUAUCAUUUAACCAGUUUUAUGAAAUCUUGUGUAGAAAGAUAUUUAUCUUCAGCCUGUACAGCUACAUCACCAACCUAUAUCACUUAUUUUUUAUAUGCAUAUCAUCACCAAUCAUCUAAUGAUUUUGUCUUUAAGCAGCCAGACCAUUUUUGUUGUUUUUGAAUCACCUGCCAUAAGAAUUGUUAUUCUGGAGAAUUUCAUCUUUUUUUUUGGUCUGUAUGCAAAGAUUUCUCAGGUGAUUUCUAAACCUAAUAUUUCGUGUUCAAAAAAAAAAAGGUGAACUGGAAAUGAAUGGGUGUUAAUGGAGUACUUGUGAUGUGCAUUGUGUUCUAAUCCUGAAAAUGGAAUCUGGCUUGUUUACUUUGUUUACAAUUUAUUUCUUGUUAAGGACCAAAUAAAAAAUAAAAAAAAGGCAAAGUUAAUAUUUCAAAUAGUCCAUGUCAUGUCUUAACCAAACCACUAGAGGGUGCAAAUUGACAAUUGUUGGAGCUUUUUUAAAACCUGCAUUCAUUUAACCCUUGUGCUGUCUUAGAUGACCCCACCCUUACAUUGACAUGUUCUCCCCACCAUGACAAAGGUGGAUAAAGGUGGAAAGAUUUCAUGUAAUCCAUGGACACCAGUGAAGAUCACAAAUCAUUGAAGAAAAAAGGUUCAGAGCACUGUCUAGUGGGUCUAGAUGACCCAACUCCCAAUUUUAAAGUGCCUAGGAUAGCACAAGGGUUACAGACCUACUCUGAAAAUGCUGACUAUUUUUCUGAUACAUAAAUAAAAUUGAGCUUAAAUUUGUA